AUGUUUAUCACUUUGACCAGACAUUCAAACUUUAUUACACCUAACAAUAAUGCUCACAAUUUAGCUAUCAAAUGUCAGUUUAAAAAUAUCUAUCAAAACAUUGCAGAUAAAUAUGAGAACGUCAGGGUAUAUAAAUUUUAUUUGGUGACAUCACAAUCAACGAAUUCGGAAGGAAAUAUCAGUUCCUCAAUGACUAGUACUAAACAUAGUACUACAACCACUAAUGAUAAUGGUUUUGAAACUCCAUCCACCAAUAAUGAUCACUUCUUUGAUAACUUUACUAAUUGGGGUGAAACAUUUCUUAAUGCAACUGAAGAAGAGAUUCUUAAAAGGCUAAACGAAACGCUUGGAAACUUCACCGAUAAAUUAGAAGUAGUCUUCGAUAAAUUCAAUGAAGGUGAAUCAGUGAACACUGCUGGAAAAUAUUUUUACAGUGGACUAUUGUCAACCGUUUGUAUCACACUUGUCAGUUUCGUUAUAUUUGCGUAA